AUGUUUCAGAUGAAUCAACAGUGCAAAGUUUGUGGCGAACCGGCAGCCGGUUUUCAUUUCGGUGCUUUCACUUGCGAAGGUUGUAAGUCUUUUUUUGGCCGUUCAUACAACAAUUUGUCAUCGAUCUCGGAAUGCAAAAAUAACGGUGAAUGUAUCAUCAACAAAAAAAACCGCACGGCAUGCAAGGCCUGUCGCUUGCGCAAGUGCCUUAUGGUUGGUAUGUCUAAAAGUGGAUCUCGGUAUGGUCGUCGAUCUAAUUGGUUCAAGAUUCACUGCCUAUUGCAAGAGCAACAACAAGCAGCACAGCAGCAAGGCAACCACCAAAAACCCUCACAACCAGUAGGAAUGCACGCUGGAAUGUUUCAUGGCGGCUACCCGCAUGGAAUGUAUCCUCGCCCUCCGUGCACUAAGGAAGAAUUGAUGCUACUUGGGCUAGAGGAAUAUAGCAAGCACUCAUCAGCGUCCCCGUCCGUCAGCUCUCCCGACAGUCAUAACUCUGAUAGCUCCAACGAAAUCAACGAUCGAAGAAAUGCAUUACUACGACAGGGCAAACUACACGAUCCUACCCUCAACAAGGAUCUGUUUCUACCAUUGCCUUUCGGAGGACUGCCAUUAAUGCCACCCCCAGGGUUUUUGCCAUCGUCGCAUCUCAUGUUCCCAGGCUUUCAUCCAGCACUUUAUUCUCAUCCACAAGCUGGAUUGUUAAAACCAGCAGAAACUCACCUUACGCUACCAAGUUCUCCUUUGGCCAACAACAACAGUCGCUUUACUCCAAAUCAUAACACAGAUCAGAACACACACUCUCUUAUUGGUGCUGACAGUGAUAGUGGUAAAUCACAUGACUCUUUUUCGAAGCGAUACAUGCUGGAUCAAGUACUGGAAUCGCAACGUUGCCCCAGCAAUGGUACAGCUGGCAGCGAUAAAGAUGACCCCGAUCCAGAAGAAGUCGUCCCGGCAACGAUGACUCCCCCAAGAUCUCCCAUUGUGCCCGUAACUCAGCCAACUCCAGUGGCACAACCAUCGCAACCUUCUUCCGGUCAUCAGUGUCUACAAGAAAACCCCAUCGAUUUGAGUAUGAAGACAGGCAGCAGUUGUACUUCAUCCGAAGAACGCAGAUCUUCAUUAUCUAGCGCGGAGUCGAACGGAUCCGACGACGAAGCUAUCAUUGAUAACCAUCCUUCUGCCAGCAAGGACACCUACAAAUACAUCGUUUCAGCAGCUGGAACUGCUACUACUGUUGUUGCGAAAAAUUUACUCACCACCAACAAUAACAGUGAUAAAGAUAAUCAAAUGAGCAACAAAACAAAUUCACAUCUUCGACAACAGCGCUUGCCGCGUCCAUUAUUACUAUCUCCAUCGCCUCCGACGCAAGUUCAUCUUACGUCACCGCUGCGAUCCGUGUCGCCUCAAAACCACCAGCAUCACUACCAGACUCACCACAAUCAGCACCUUCAACCGCAGCAUUUGCAACGUCACAAUCUUUCCCACCUUGGUAGUGCAAGUGAAUCGGACCAGGAGCCAGAAGAAACUGAGUAUGAUCGAGAGGUUAAACGAAUGAAAAUUCAAGGCACUACACCACUGGAUUUAACAACCAAAGUAUAG